UUCAUAGCAAGACUGAGUUGUACAAGCAAAGCAAGCAGAAUAGCCUCCCUACUGAAUUUGGGAUACUCACCAAACCGAUGGACACAAUAUAAACUCCUACUGUAAAUAAAGGAACAACUGGAUUGCAGAAAAGUUCUCAAAGGAUUACUGAGCAGCCAGAAGGCCCAUGUACUUUGGAUAUGAGCUCAUUUACCAGCAUGAAAACCUUCAGCCCAUCUUCGGAUCUCAGCUAGAAAGACUUAAAAGGGUUGUUUCAUCAGUUGGAGCUCAGCAUACUACAGAAACAGACUUAAGUCCCAUACGUACUGCACCAUGGUGGUGCAGAAUAAUCUGGAUCUUGGGGAUCCUAGGAAAGGGAUCCUGCUGGAGCCUUUCAUCCACCAAGUUGGAGGCCACAUGAGCAUGAUGAAGUAUGAUGACUCCACCGUCUGCAAGCCCCUUGUUUCCCAGGAGCAAUGGUUCUACGAAUCUCUCCCCUCAGCAAUGAAACGAUUCACACCACAGUACAAAGGUAUUAUUUCUGUACAUCUCAAGAAGGACAGCAUGGGCAAUUUGAGCCUUAUAGCCUGCCCACAAACAGACAGGCGCAGUUCCUUAGAUAAAGCCUCAAAGGAAUGUUCGAUGACAAUAUGGCAGAAACUCAACCAAGCCAAAAGCAGCAAUGGUGACCACACAUUUGUGAAAUGGAAUCAUGAUCAACUAAGCAACACAAUCAAAGACAGCUGUCAGGAGAAGGCAAUACUACAAGCUGACCUUCAGCAUCGUAGAGAUGUAUCUUCACUUAUGGAGAAAGACAAUGGGAACCAGACAGAAAAGAACAGCUAUAACCCCUGGGGACUGCACUGCCACAAAGAGCAUCUAAACCGCAUGUCUUCCAAGUAUAAUGAGAACAAACCUCAUCAAUUUCUACUGCUUGAAAAUUUGGUAUCCAAGUAUAAAUGCCCAUGCAUUUUGGACUUAAAGAUGGGAACCAGGCAGCAUGGCGACGAUGCAUCAGAAGAGAAAAAAGCACGGCAAAUAAAGAAAUGUGAACAGAGUACAUCGGCGUCCCUGGGUGUCCGUAUUUGUGGCAUGCAGGUUUACCAAGCAGACACAGACCAGUAUAUCUGCAAAGAUAAAUACUAUGGACGGAAACUCUCCCCAGAGGGCUUCAGGCAGGCCAUCCACCAGUUUCUUCACAAUGGGAAUCACUUCAGAACAGACCUUGUAGAACCCAUUUUGUCUCAACUGAAGGCUUUGCUGUCCAUCAUUAAAAAACAGAGCACUUACAGGUUCUACUCCAGCUCACUUCUCAUAAAUUACGAGGGACUGGAGAAAGCUACUCCUUCAGACAAUUACUCCCAGGGUAACUCCCAGCAUACUAGCGGUCCCACUUCACAUGGAAACAGCCACCCUAAAGUUGAUGUCCGUAUGAUAGACUUUGCUCAUACAACAUACAAAGGUUCACAGUAUAACCAAACCAGCUACGAUGGCCCAGACCAUGGCUACAUUUUUGGUUUAGAAAAUUUAAUAAAAAUUGUUCAAAGUAUCCCAGCUGGAGAAUGAUGAUUGCUGAACUGACAAGAGACUAUAUGGUUGUAAAAAUGAAACAAAAAAAGCAAAAUAAGCACAUCUAGCUGCUCCAAGCAACAACAUCACCAUGAACUGCUUUAAAAAUGACAAAGCAGGCAUUUUGCCAGAUAAUAAGGUGAUGUUCUAUGCCAUUGCGAAUUGGCCAGAAUCCAUCAUUCUGUGAUCAGUCAGAAUAUUAUUUUCCUCUCAUGGUUGCCAAUUCAGAUGAUCUGUCAGAUAUAGGAGAAAAUGUUCUUAGAAAGGAAUGUUAACAGUUGUUGAGCACAAUUCAGAUUUGUGUGGCCAACGAUGGAAAUAAGAGUUAUGUAAAUAGGUUGGUGGGUUCUUAAAAACCAACAAGUUUACAUUUUUAUGCAUGGGCCAAAGAUUUUCAACUGCAAUGUUAAAUCACAAACUUUUCCUAAUUUGCUCUGUUCUCAAAUACUGGCACUUUAAAAUGAACUGUAUAUUAAUUCCUUAAUUCUUAUGUUCCACACCAGUCCAUGUGGCCAUAUAUAUUCCAAGGAAUGUGUGUGGUAACCAAAAGGUGGGAAUACAAUAGAAACGCAAACCAGCAGCAGGCGGGGUCCAUGGAGACUCCUGGAAUAAAGCAGGUCUUUGAUGGAAGAGCUAGAAAAGGACUUGUUAUAAAAAGUAUAAAACCUGAAAUAGAAGGGACUAACACCAUGGCAUUUUACAUAGGAGAAACAAUGAGGAAAUAGGUCUUGAAGACUGGGUGCCCAAAUUAUCGGGGUAAGGACCCAAAUGUCAACUAAAUAUUUGAUUGCAUUUCUGAGCAUGCAUAUUUGUGUGAGAGUGGAGAGAUAUUACAAAUACUUGACAAAAUGUUUACAGGAUUUGUGGGCAGCUGUAAAUAUGGAGCUUCCAAAUCAUAAGUUUCUUCUUGUGUUGUACUGUAAAGUUG